AUGGAGGCUCUAUGGAGGCUCUAUGGAGGCUCUAUGGAGUUGUUGCCAAGAAGCCUCAUAGGGUUGCGCCCAAACGGGAAGUCCGAGGAACUCCGAUACCGCUUUGGGCAAUUCCCGAUUGGGCGAGGCGGUUUAGCGCGUCUCUUCUGGGACGAAAAUGUCGGACUACUCCUUUGUAUCCUCGCACCUCUUCCUUCUUCUUCUUUUGAAUUUGUAAUUGUCAAGGAAUUCCUAGGACUAAGGAAUAACGGCGAACAACAACCGACUAGCGUGGUACUGAAUCAUGUAUCAGUGGAAGGGAGCGGCACUGGGUCCCAGCCUGCCCCGACAGUGCUGUCUGCGGCCAAGUCUGCCUUUGGCAUCCUGAGUCCCAUCCAGAACAGACUUGGAAGCCAAUCAUCACGGCCCAUUCUUCGGGACUUUUCUGUCGCUAUGAACCCGGGAGAGAUGGUGCUGGUGAUUGGAAAGCCAGGAAGUGGCUGCACCACGUUCUUGAAAACACUAGCAGGGAUGUGGGAUGAGUACAAGGGUGUUCAAGGGGAACUCACUUUGGGUGGUCAUCCUAUGACGGAGACCAUCUCCGACCGACCCCAGGAUGUAGUCUUCUGCGGCGAGUCCGAUGACCAUUUUCCCAAUUUGACGGUAAUGGAGACUUUGAGAUUUGCCAUCAGAGCUCGAUGUGGCCCAGACGUGUCUGGAAAGCAGAUUGACGAAAUGGUCUUCCGCUUGGCGAAGCUUGUUGGCCUGAGCCAUGUUAUGAACACCAAGGUCGGAGAUGCAUACAUCCGAGGUGUCAGUGGAGGCGAGAGACGUCGAGUGUCACUGGCAGAGGCACUGGCAACAUGUGCACGACUUAUCUGCCUGGACAACCCCACGAACGGCCUUGAUUCCUCGACGGCAUUGGAAUUUAUGGAGAUGAUGCAUGAAUGGACUCUGCAGAGCCAAUGCGUCACGGCAAUGAGCGUGUAUCAGGGUAGUGAUGCUAUUAUCCCCUAUUUUGACAAGGUCGUGGUGAUCAACGCCGGUCGCCAGAUCUUCUACGGCACAAUCCCUGAGGCCAAAGAAUACUUUGUCAGCCUCGGUUUCGAAUACUCGCCUACGACGACCAUGUCCGACUUCCUGAACUCGAUGUCGGCGGACCCUGAGGCUCGGCGCGCAGUUGAAGGCCGAGAAUACCAGGUGCCCAGGACGCCCGAUGAGUUCCGGGGCGCAUUCCGCUCCAGUCAAUAUGCCAACCAGCUGCAAUCCCUUGUUCAGGUGACGAAGUCUCGCCCCGUUGUGUCGUGGCCUGCGAAGUCAAAGCCUUUUGCUCUCCCACUGCAUCGACAAGUUUGGCAGUGUGCUACUCGCCAAGUUCGCAUCAUCAUUAGCGAUUACAGCUCAUGGCUGGUCGGAGCAGCAUGCAUCACCGUUCAGAGCUUGGUACUUGGUACGCUAUUCCGAGACCAGAAGCACUCAACCCAGUCCCUUUUUAUAUUCGGAUCGGCACUGUUCUACUCGGUUCUUGUUCCUGCUUUGCAAUCCAUGAGCGAGUUUGGCAACACUUUUGCUCAGCGCCCGCUCAUUCUGAAGCACAAGCGAUACCGGCUAUAUCGGCCAAUUGCCUACGCCUUCGGACUUGUUAUUACCGAUGUGGUCUGGAAGAUUGCGGCCAUUUGCUACAACAUCCCGUUGUACUUCCUCACAGGCUUUCAACGUACCCCGGGAAAUUUCUUCAUUUGGUUCCUGAUUGUGUAUGUUGAGCAUCUGGCCUUGUCCAUGUUCUUCCGAUCGGUCGCCGUUUUCUCGCCCAAUAUGAACCGAGCCGUGCUCCCCGUGGGUAUCUUCUUCAACAUGUACGUGCUAUAUACUGGACUUUACGUGCCGCCACCUCAGAUGCAAGUCUGGCUAGGUUGGCUACGAUACCUGAAUCCUCUACACUACGGCUUCGAGUCGGCCAUGUUGAAUGAAUUUGGCAGCCUGAGCUAUGAGUGCAGUCCAGCAGACAUGGUACCUACAGGCCCUGGAUACGAUAGCAUCAAGAACCAAGUUUGCGCCAUUGUCGGCUCACAGCCAGGAGAGCGCCUUCUGUCGGGUACUAGCUACGUGCAGGCGCAAUAUGGCUUCGAGCAGUCGAACCUAUGGAGGAACGUUGGUAUCAAUAUAGCUUUCUUCAUUGUGUUCGCUAUAUUAUCCGGUAUUGGGAUGGAGAGACUCAAGCAGCCGGCUGGUCGCCUCGCCACUGUCUUCUACCGAGGUAUGGAACCAGGGAGCCGGAACACAUCCGACAAAGAGAGCGGAGAGGAGAAAGACGAUGUUCCCCCAGAAAUCGCGCCGCAGUCCAGCACUAUCCAAGCGGCUCUCAGUCGGGCAUAUGAGCACCACGGAACUUUGACAUGGAAGGAAUUCAGCCUAGUUGUCAAAACCAAGGACGGCGAACGACGACUACUCGACAGUUUGGAUGGAUCGGCUCAGAGCGGCCACAUGAAAGCACUUAUGGGUGUGUCUGGGGCUGGAAAAACGACUCUUCUCAACGCCCUCGCCGGAAGAUCGAAGGUUGGAGCCCUGACUGGAACAUUGGAACUCAACGGACAACUCUUGCCAAAGUCUUUCAAUGGACGCAUGGGCUACGUGCAACAACAGGAUAUCCACCUUCCCACUCAGAGCGUCCGCGAAGCCUUGCAGAUGACCGCGCAGCUGCGUCAAUCACAACAAGUGUCGUUGGAGGAGAAAUAUGCCUAUGUCGAGAAGGUGAUUGAGUGGUUGGACAUGACUUCCAUCGCGGAUGCCCUAAUCGGUGUGCCUGGCGUUGGACUCAAUCUGGAACAGCGCAAACGGGUCAGUAUUGGCGUGGAAAUGGCAUCGAAACCCGAGAUUCUCUUUUUGGAUGAGCCGACUUCUGGCCUCGAUGGCCAGUCAGCAUACUCGAUCGUUCGCCUGUUACGGAGACUGGCAGACUCGGGCCAAGCAAUUGUGUGCACUAUCCACCAGCCGGCGGCCGGCCUGAUGAACUAUUUCGACGAGCUGUAUCUCCUGGGACGUGGUGGCCGGCUUGUGUACGAUGGACCCCUUGGGAACGACUGUCGCCUUGCUGUCGACUAUUUUGAUAAGUUCGCCCGACCUUGCGCUCAGGACGAGAACCCGGCCGAGUACUUCUUGGAUGUCAUCGGAGCAGGCGCCCGCAAGGAGGUUGACCUGGACUGGAUUGGCUUGUGGCAGCAGAGUGACCUCUACCAACAGAGACGGCAGAAGCAAGAAAAGCCCGCAUCUCCUAGCACUCCCGAGUCAAGCUCCUCGAUCUACGCAGCCCCCUUCCAUGUGCAACUCCGAGUGGUCCUUCGGCGGACAUGGCUGUACUACUGGCGAGAACCUGACUAUGUCACCUCAAAACUCUGGCUGAACGUGGGCAACGCUCUGCUGAAUGCCAUGUCCUACCUCAAUUCCCCAACCUCGCAACGUGGUGCAUACAACCGUGUCUUCUCAUCCUUCAUGUCUCUGAUCGUUGGACCUCCGUUGGGACUGCAGGUCCAGCCACGAUUCGUCAGAUUGCGAGAGAUUUUCGUGCACCGAGAAAAGGAGAGCCUGACGUACCACUGGGUGACUUUUGUCAUCUCGGCGAUCCUGGUCGAGCUGCCGUACGCCUUUGUGACCUCGAUGGUUUACUGGUUGCUGUGGUAUUUCCCUGUUGGUUAUUUCAACGAGCCCGCCCGCGCAGGAUAUAGCUUCCUCAUGUACGAGCUAUUCGCGAUGUUUGCCACGAGCUUGGCUCAGCUGUGUGCAUCUCUGAUGCCGAAUGUCGAGGCUGCUCUUGCUGCUAACGGGUUCUUCUUCAUGUUUUGCAACACCUUUGCGGGUACGCUCUCGCCCAAGCCUGUCACUCCAGCGGGAUGGAAGUGGUACUACAAGCUCUCUCCGCUGUUCUACAUGGGCGAAGGCGUCACGUCGAACGCUCUGUAUGAUCUUCCCAUUGACUGCCAGCCGUCUGAAGUGUCUAUCUUCAAUCCUGCGAACGGCACGAAGUGUGGAGAGUAUGCGGCGGAUUUCUUGAAGACAGCAACGGGCUACCUGCUGAACCCCGAUAGCACAAUCAGUUGUGAAUACUGUCGGUAUAAGGAUGGACAGUCCUAUUACGUCCAAUACGGCUAUGACUUUGCUCGCCGGUACUCCAACGUUGGGGUUUUCAUCGGAUUCAUCGCCUUUAACUUCACCAUGGUGUUGGUCAUGACCUAUCUCACGCGAGUAAGACGUUGACAUGUUAUUCCACGACUGGCUUUAAGCACUAAGGACAUGGUGGAUAUUUGGCGCAUCGGGAGUUACGGCUAAAUGG